AUGGAGACGUUUCUCUCGAGCUGUCAUGAAGCGCUUCAGCAGGCAAACAGUGGCGACGGGGGCCAGGGGGUCCACGUCGUCCUGGGCAACGAGGCGUGUGACAUGGACUCGAUGGUGUCCGUGAUGGCGUACGCCUACUUCCUGUCCAAGACGCUGGGCUCCAGCAGGCCGGUCCUGCCGCUCCUCAACGUCCCGCGGUCGGAGUUCCCGCUGCGGACGGACAACGUGUUCCUGCUGCGGCAGGCCGGCGUUCCCCAGGAGCUGCUGCUCUUCAGGGAGCAGCUGGACCUCCUGCAGCUGCAGAGGGACGGACGCCUCACCCUCACCCUGGUGGACCUCAACGUCCUGCCCAGUUCCGACCGGGACCUGGAGGGGGCGGUGGUGGAGGUGAUCGACCACCGCCUCCUAGAGCGGGAGCCCUCCGCCUCCUGCCUGGUCACCGUGGAGAUGGUGGGCUCCUGCACUACCUUGGUGACGGAGCGCAUCCUCCAGAAGGCCCCGGAGGUCCUGGACCCCCAGCUAGCUCUGCUGCUCUACGGUACGAUCGUGAUGGACUGUGUGAACAUGGCCCCGGAGGCGGGGAAGGUGACUCCUAAAGACAGUCAGUACGCCGCCCAGCUGGAGGCGCGCUUCCCCGGCCUGCCACCAAGGGGCGCCCUCUUCCAGUCGCUGCAGAACGCUCGCUUCGACGUCUCCGGUCUGUCCACUGAGCAGAUGCUGUUGAAGGACAUGAAGGUACUCACCGGGGGAGAGCUGCAGCUGGCCGUGUCCGUCAUCUACCUCACCCUGGAGGUGUUCCUGGAGAGAGACAAGCUGGAGGACGAUAUGUCCGCCUUCUGCGUGAAGCACGGCUACAACAUGCUGCUGGCCAUGACCAUCUCCUUCACGGACAAGCAGCCCUUCAGACAGCUGGCCAUCUUCAGCCACAGCGCCCUCUGCAGGGAGGAGAUGAGCCAGGCCUUGGAGAAGUCACGUAACCCCGCCCUGUCUCUCUGUCCAAUCAGCAGCCCCCAUUCCCACAUCAAGGCGUACCUGCAAGGCAACACACAGGCCUCGCGCAAGAAGCUGCUGCCCAUCAUCAAGGACUUCCUGAGGGAGCAGGAACAAGAUGGCGGCCGGGACGAGGGGGGGGAGGGGGAGGAGGAGGAGGAGGAGGACACUCAGUUCCCGCCCACCCCCAUGAACAGUCUGGUGGAGGGCUGUCCCCUUGACAACGGGCUGCCCAGGAUCAGUGCCCAGGCGCUGGAGGAGAAGUUCAGCAAGAUGUCGGCAAGACAGGAGCGAGCCCAGAGCCCCUGAGAUCCAGUUUGGGGCGGGAGAUUUAAGGAAAAAAACACGUUUUAAUCCAGCUCACCACCGAGAGAAGGACUGUGUAGACGUGUGUCCGGUCCAGGAGCACAGUUUGAAACGGGGUGGUCACUUAUUACCCAGGACACUUUGCUUCAGUUUGGUUUGUUCUUUUUUGCUUUAUCCCCGAUCCCUAAGAUGUUCUGAGCCUUUUGUGGACUUCAAGGCCUCCGUCGAGUCGUGAAGGUUGACCGGCGGUUCGGGAUAUAAUCUGUUGAUCCGACGUUACCACUCCAUGCGAGGCCAAUCAGUUUGAUCCGGUUGGAUCCAGUUGGACGGUCUGCUGCUCUGAGCCAGAGAGGAGCAGGAUCAGAUGAAGAUGUUGUAGUCUUCGGAGGAGUUUAACGUCCUGUGUUUUUAUUAAUUCUUAUUUUCAGGUACUACAAUCAAGCUGUUUGAAAACCUCAAUGUAUCACUUUCCAACCGAGUAAAAGCUUCCAAUAUCACUUUGA